AUCGCUAGAAAUAGAACCGGAUGAUGCUUUCGCACUAAGAAAUCGUGGAGUAACCUACGCAAUGUUGGGUAAAUAUAAAGACUCGCUUUCAGAUCUUAAUAGGUCACUAGAAUUAGAACCCAAUAAUCUCUUUGCAUCAAAACACAAAGAAGAAGUUCAUAGGAUUUCAGAUGAAUAUGAUAAAUCAAUUUCGGAUCGCAAUGUAUUGUCAAAAAAACAAAAUAUUAUUCACGGUAGAUUCAGUAGUGAGGAGGAUGAAAAACUGCUUGAGUAUAUUAAUAAACAUGGCGUUGGAAAGUGGCAAGAUGUUGCAGGCCACGUAGGAACAAGAAGCGAAAAACAAUGUAGAGAACGAUAUUAUGGCCACUUGGCACCAGGAGUUAAUAAACUUCCUUUUACGGAAAAUGAAAUCAAAAAAAUCCGCGAAUUGCGAGAAGAAGGCUAUAAAUGGGCUGAAAUCUCCCGAAGACUAGGCAAUGGUCUUGAAACCACGUUUGAUGCACAAUCAUUCUUCAGUUUUUCGGGCAGAGCACUAUAUUACCCAUCAGUUUUCCUUAACGACGAAAGGUUGACUAAUGAAUUGCCUAGUAUGCAGCUGCUACCAGGUCUUCCGACAUAUCACUCACCUUUGAAACCCUUAGAGGGGAUAAAUAAUAACAAGCAAUUAAAUAUUCAAUUACCACCUAUUACCUCAUAUAUGCAAAUUUUUAAGCAAUGA